GACAGCACAGGUGAACCUGGUUCUCCUCCUCCUUCACUGGGAUGCAAAGCCACUCCAUACAGGGAAUCUACUGCAUCAAGCUAUAGUCACACUGUGUCUGCACAUAAAUGUACGUAUGAGCUUUGAGGAAUAAGAAAAGGACAGGAUGGCCAACGGAGCACUGGAGAUAGUGGCUCUCUUAUUGACGCUGAUUGGGCUGAUUGGAGCAGCAGCAAGCACUGGGAUGCCUAUGUGGCGAGUCACCGCUUUCAUUGGGGAGAAUAUCAUUGUGUUUGAGACUCGUUACGAAGGUCUGUGGAUGAAUUGCUUCCGACAGGCCAAUAUCAGGAUGCAGUGUAAGGUGUACGACUCUCUCUUGGCCCUGUCCCCUGAUCUACAGGCAGCACGGGGGCUCAUGUGCUGCGCUCUGGCGCUGGGUGGCCUCGGUCUACUGAUCAGUUUGGUGGGGAUGCAGUGCACGUCAUGUAUCCAAAACAACGAUAGAGCUAAGCGCCUGGUCCUCAUCAUUGCAGGAACCAUGGUCGUAAUGGCUUGCAUCUGCGUCAUUAUCCCUGUGUCGUGGACGGGUCAUGUCAUCAUCAGGGACUUCUACAACCCCUUGCUGAUUGAUGCUCAGCGCAGGGAGCUCGGAGAAGCUCUGUACAUCGGCUGGGUGGCCUCUGCUUUCUUGUUUGCUGGGGGAUGCAUGUUUAUUUGCUGCAAUGUGCAGUCCGAAGACAAAGCUUCAGAGAGGUACAUGUACUCCAGAGCCUCCGACUACAUGACCUAUCCCCCACAGCCUCUACAGCCCCUACAGCCUCAGCAGCUGGUGAUGAUCCCUCAACCACGUCCACAGCCAAUGCUGUCCAGACACCCAUCAACUAUCUAUACCUACAACUCCAGACAGCCCUCCAUACACAGUGGGGUGGCUUAUCUCUGAACAAUUGAGGUAAUGAUGAUCAGUAAUGGUCACUAUAUGCAAGGGAAUUUCUUUUACAUAUGGAUCUGCUUGGCAGUGCAAUCUACAAUACAUUUCAAAUGUAAAAAUAUGUAAUUCUAGCCCAAGUUUAAUGAGCACAUUCAAUGCGAAUGCAAAUGGAUCUGUUUUAUAUGGAUAUCUGUUUUAAAUCACCUCUUCUCAUUCAUUAUAUGAGGAGUACUUAAUGUUUUGUUAAAGAGGACUAGUUACUUCAUAUCAACCUAUAACAUAAUUAUAACCUUACCUGUGUAAACCAAUGAUUUCCAUAACUAUUUUGUGUGGUGUAUUAUCAACUUUUAUACUGACAGCUUUCUUUUUGUAUAUUAGGUUAACAAUUUUGUAUAUGUAUGUUGUAUAUAACAAUUAAUGCAACAGUUAACCACAGAGUAAUGUGGCAUCCAGUGUAUUUGUGUUUACUGUUAAAAAUGAAAUUUGUUGUUGGCACAUAUUAUUAAGCUGUGCAGUAAGAAAGACAGUUAAUACUUGUGUUUCGACCCAAUUUCCUUCAACCUUCAACAUAAACUAUGCUUGAGCCAAGAGCCCAACCCUCUCAGUUUUAACCAGUUUUAACUAGUUUCAAACAGUAUUAGAUACGUGAUACACAAAGUAAAACCAAGGCAGAUGUGUUACAGGUACUGUACUUAAGACAAUAAAUAAUGUAUAUUGGUGACUGAUCAUGAGUUACAGAGACAUUUGAGUCUAAAACUCAAAACAUUGUGUGUAUGUCUGUUUAACAGAAAACAAUAGUAAGUCUUUGUUGAGGUUUGGUGUGAUGCCCUGGAGCCCUUGUGAAUUGAUGGUACUGAGCAAACAUGAGAUGCAGGUUUAAGACUGCUUGUUUAAGGUGUGGACUCAGUGGCAACUUAGCCAGAGAGCUUUGUGUUUACAAAGAAGCCAGAUGGAGAUGACCUGACAGCACGAUCAUGUGAUCAGAAUUUGCAAGUCACUUUGAAUGUAAUGGAAAUAGUUCACGAAUUCAUUUCCUGGUUGACUCCAGCUCCAUAUGUUUGAGCAAUGAAAGAACAUGUCUAUCUCAGUUCAGUCAAGUCCAUUAGCUCUUGAACUACUUAGUCAACUCAUUUCACUUUCACAGAGUUCAAAAGCAAACUGCAGUUUAAAUUAAAAUUGUAGAAUGUCAAUGUUGUCUUUAAUGUUGCUUAAGGUUAAACUGAAAUGACGGAUGUUUGUCAAUGUUAUGUCUACUCAGCAGUUAUAAAGUUAUGGAAUAUAUGUUAUUAUUAUUUGUUAUAUGAAAUGUUAACUUGUGGUUUUUUAAAAAUAAAAAUCUAUAUCUGGUCCUCAACAAUCAA